CAGUCCAGAUGUGACUGAUGAUUUUCAGGAAAUCCCAACCCAUGCCGACAAUGGCAACUCAUGAGCAAUGAUGAACUGGAAACAAAAGGCGUGGUAAUGUUGGGAGAGAGGCAAAAAUCCUGAAAGCAGAAAAAGAAACUGCAUUCCACCAGCAAAGAUCAAAACAGCAGCUCCUUUUACUGAGAAAGAAAAAAACCAGCUUCUUCCAUGGAAUCCUCUACAAACUCUUCUGAACUAUAUUACGACUCCUAUUAUGAUGAAUCUAAUGAUACUUUGGACUAUGCUUUACAUGAAAUGCUUUGCCUCAAAGAAGAGGUGAGAACAUUCAACAAGUCUUUCCUACCAGCCUUUUAUUCCAUUGCUUUUCUUAUUGGACUUCCUGGGAAUUCGCUUGUGAUCGCAAUCUAUGCCUACAUCAAGAAGCUAAAGACCAGGACUGAUGUAUACAUCAUGCAUUUGGCAAUUGCUGAUUUAUUAUUGCUUUUUACUCUUCCAUUUUGGGCUACGAAUGCUGUUCAUGGAUGGGUGUUUGGUACCCCAUUAUGCAAAAUCACCACUGCCAUCUACACCAUGACCUUCAGUGUCAGCAUGCAGUUUCUGGCCUGGAUCAGUGUGGAUAGGUACAAUGCCAUUGUCAAAUCCCCAGGUCAACAAGGAACCACAAAACUAUGCAGUAAAAUCUGUUUCUUUGUCUGGGUUGUGGGUACUAUUCUCUGCCUUCCUGAUCUCAUUUUCAAACAAGUCAAGGAGUUUCAUGGCACGACUGCAUGCAUUCCUACAUUCCCAGAGAGUCUGGGCAAAAUAAUUAAAGUAACAAUUGAAGUAGGAGAAAUGGCCCUAAGUUUUGUGUUGCCUUUCUUAUUCAUGAUGGGCUGCUAUUCAGCUGUGGCCAGGGCUCUCUUCAAGAGUCCCAGGGUUAAAAAGUCCCAGCCUCUGAAAGUUCUUGCAGCAGUUGUUUCUGUCUUUAUUGUCACCCAGCUGCCCUACAAUGUGAUCAAACUUUGGAGAGCCAUAGACAUUAUCUAUCCCCUGAUCACAAACUGUAAAGCAAGUAAAGCCAUGGAUGUUGCAUUUGAAGUAACCAACAGCAUUGCUUUGUUUCAUAGUUGCCUGAACCCGCUCCUGUAUUUUUUUAUGGGAGCAUCCCUCAAAAUGCAUAUGGUGAAACUGGCAAAACGUUAUGGUUAUUGGAGAAGACAACAAAACACACCACCUGAAGAGAUUCCCAUGGGCUAUGAAGAGUCAGCAGAACAAACAAGCAGUCUUAUUAUUUAGAAAAUGAACAGCCUGUUGCUGGACACUUCAAUAUCUUUGACCACUAGCCAUGUUGGUCAGGGAUGAUGGGAUUUGAAGUUUAGCAACAUCUGAAAUUUACUAACAACAGGGGCUUCAACCAUUUCGGAAAAUGCAGAGAUAAAUUACUUUUAAACUCAGUCUGUUUUGGUUCCUCACUGCAUAAUAAUUUGGGAAUAAUUCCUCUGUUGUUGUUAACUGCCAUUAACUUAUGGUGACCCUGUGAAUGGCAUUCUUCCAAGUCAUGCUAUCAUCAACAGCCCUGCACAGUUUCUUCAGAUUCAGAGCCAAGGCUUCCUGCCUUCCAACAUAUGAAGCAUUACUAGGGUUUUUUUCUAGUUAGUUAUGCCUUCUCAUGAAUAAUCUAUCUUAUACAACUUAAUUUACAGGUAGAGCAAAUAUUUUAUUUUGAGCAAUUUAUUUCAGGCAAAAUGAGGGAUGUGUUUAAAGCAGGAAAGUGGAGUAUUCAGAAACUAUUGUUCUUCUUUUAACAUUUUUGUCUGGAAGCCUGGAUUAGAAAAGAGGAUGCUGUUUUAUCUGAUCCACUUGAGAGUUUCUAGGAAAAAGGAGGAGAGCCAGGCAUGGCUGGAUUUUCUUCUGAGAUAAAAAAAAAUGGCUAUAAAAAUCAUCCUCUUCCCCCAGAUUCCUUUCUUCCUUUGUUAUUGGUUUGUCCUUGGGACUGGAAUGCAAAAGGAAACACACAAACUAGCCAAAUGGGUUUUAUUUAGAUCAGAGAGCAAGCUACAAAGCUGCAUGACGCCUGAAGUAACUGAAGUUUGAGCCUCCCAAUGAAGAUGAUGAUGAUGAUAAUAAUAAUAAUAAUAAUAAUAAUAAUAAUAAUAAUAAUAAUCAACACCAACAACAACUUUAUUUUUGUAUUCCACCACCAUCUCCCUGAAAGGACUCAGGGCAGCUUAUAUGGGGACCAAGCCCAGUCAAACACAAUUAAAACAUAGAACAAUAAAAUGCAUGUAAAAGCAUCAUAAAAACAUAACCAUCAUAAUCAACAAUAAGUGGCCAAGCACAGCGAGCAUGUUCAAAACUAAAGUUUGAAGCAAGGGCUUGUGCGAUACAACUACCAGGACGGGGUUGAUAGUAAAAUGCAAGGGCCUGAGACCUGAUAAGGGCUAGAGGGGGCAGAUCAAUUAGUAGAGUACACAGCAAGGGGAGAGAUAACAAUAAAGUGCAAGGGACCAGUAUUAAAUUAUAGCUUGGGGAGUCAUAUCAUCUAGUGGGCCCGAUUAAUCAAAAGCACACUGGAACAUUCAAAUCUUUAGGUCUUUAUGGAAAAUGGACAGUGUAGGUGCUAAUCUAAUCUCCCCGGGGAGAGAGUCUAGAGCCAGAGGGUCACCACUGAGAAGGCCCUCUCUCUCAUCCCCACCAAAAGCGCUUGAGAUGGAGGUGGGAGAGAGAGAAGGGCCUCCCCAGCAGAUCUUAGAGCUUGCACCAGUUCAUAGGGGAAGGUGUGAUCGCGAAGAUAGGCUGGACCCAAACCAUUUAGGGCUUUGUAGGUAAUAACCUGCACCUUGAAUAGGGACUGGAAACUUUUCGACAGCCAGUGGAGCUGUUUAAUAGGGGAGAUGACCGCUCCCUAUAAUUCACUCCUGUUAGCAACCUGGCCAUCGACUUUUGUACCAAUUGUAAUUUCCUGACUAUCUUCAAGGCAGCCCCACAUAGAGCACAUUGUAGUAAUCCAAUCUGGGGUAACUAAGAUAGAGAGCAAAAUUAUCCCCUAACUUAAAUAAAACAGAGAGGUUUUCUUCUAUCUUGCAAAAGUUAAUUUGGAAUCCUUUUACUCGGAAGAAGUCAGAAAGAGGGAGCAAGUAAUCGAGCAAGAAAUUUCAGGAACAUUGAGGAAUAAACUCUUUAAAUAAAUGUUUCAUGUGACCUCCCUCUCCCAGCCAUAAUCACACAAUCAAAGGAUCUUGACACAAAUAUGUAUCUGCAAAGGAUUAUGCUUGCACCAACUAUUUACUG